AUGAUUUUAUUGGUUAAAUUUUAUUUUUAUUUUUUUUUAUAUUUUUUUAUAAUAUGUUCAUAUAGAUUAUUAGAAUAUUACGACCAUUUUAUUUAUAAUUAUUUAUUAGUUAUGCAUAUUUCAUUAGUUAUAAUUAGUUACGUCUUUUUUUUUAUAUUAUUUAUUAAUCAGUUACGUAAUUUUAUACAUAGAAAUUUAUAUUUAGAAAUAAAUAGUUUUUUUUCGCUUAUGGGUAUUUAUUAUAGUACGUUAACUAUUUUUAUAGGUACAUUAUGGGCAUUUUCGAUAUGGAAAUCGUUAUUAUUUUUUGACAGUCGUAUUUUUUUUAUUUUAUUAUUGAUUUUAUAUUUUAUAAUUAAUAUUUUUUUAUCAUAUUUGAGUUUUUAUUAUAGAUUUUUGUUUUUCUUUUUUUUAAUUACCAAUUUGUUCUUGUUAAGAAUAAAAAAUAAUUGGAGUUCCCAAAUACAUCAAACAAAUAGCUUUUUUUUUUUUAUUUACAAUUUACCGAUUGUAGAUUCUUAUUAUGCUUCAAUUUUUUUUUCUGUUAUAAUACUAUAUACACUAUAUUUAUUGUAUUUAGUAAAUAUUUUUUCUCUUUUUAAAACAAUACAGUUAAAAAAUAUAUUAGAUUAUGUCUAUAACAAAUAA